AUGGCCUCAAGCAGGCGCCUCGAGCUUGGUACAACAGAUUUGCCUGCCUCCUCAGAUGGUCUGCUCAGGCGCACCAUUGAUGCUCUUCAGCAGGAGUUCUCCAUGAAGGAUCUCGGCCCUCUUCACCAUUUCCUUGGCAUGCUGGUGCAGCACACAGGUUCUGGUCUUUUUCUCUCACAGAGACGGUACAUGCUUGAGAUUCUUGGUCGUGUUGGGAUGACAGACUACAAACCUUGCACUACUCCAGUGGAUGUGAAUCCGAAACUCUCUGCAGAUGGUCCUCCUGCGUCAGAUCCUACUGAUUUUCGGAGUCUUGCUGGAGCUCUCCAGUAUCUCACAUUCACCAGGCCUGACAUCUCCUAUGCAGUUCAACAAGUCUGUUUACAUAUGCAUGAUCCCCGUGAGCCUCACCUUGAUGCUCUGAAGCGCAUCCUGCGCUAUGUCCGUGGCACUCUUCACAUGGGCCUGCUGGUGCGCCCCUCUGCUGCUCUGGAAAUGGUGGUUUACUCUGAUGCUGACUGGGCAGGCUGUCCUGACACUCGCAAGUCCACCUCGGGCUAUGCGGUCUUCCUCGGCGACAAUCUGGUCUCUUGGUCUUCGAAGCGUCAGAACACCGUCUCUCGUUCCAGUGCUGAGGCCGAGUACCGUGCUGUUGCCAAUGCCGUUGCAGAGGCCUCCUGGUUACGCCAACUUUUGUCUGAGCUGCACUCUCCUUUGCGCAAGACAACAUUGGUGUAUUGCGACAACAUUAGCGCCGUCUACAUGUCUUCUAACCCCGUUCAGCAUCAGCGCACCAAGCAUCACGGGCACAAACCUAGUCUCUUCCGAUUCCGAUUCCUCGACCUUGGUUUGGUGCUCCCCCAAGAAGAUGGAUCAAGCAACGACGUCGAUGAAACUGGAUUGGAGCAACUUUCGUCUGAUCUACAGGCGCUCAAGAGACUGUACGGGCUGCUUCACAAGGGUCCCGCAAAUGAAAAUUUAGAUGAGACAUCUAGGGCUCUACUGAUGAAGAUGCUAGAUGAUGCUACCCAGCAGACUCUCCUGAAGCAGGCAAAGAUACUAUCGGGUUCUCUGAUGUCUCCUGCACUGGAGAGGAAGUUGUCCAUCCGAUCAGAUCGCCAGACACGCGACGCCGAGCCACCCAUGAGCCUGAGGCCACCGGCGUUGCCCAGCACCCCCGGCCUCCUGGCCGGCGAGCGACCCAGCCGGCUUAACCCGCAGUAUUCAACAGUGUCAAGUCGAGCCGUCGGCAACGUCCAUGGCAGUCCCCUUGCAACGGAAGAGCCCGUCCUUGCCCGCCUCGCCUCCUACCGCUCGUCAAGGACUACUGCAUCUGCAUUGCCACCACGGCACCGUCCAAGCGGAGAGCAAUGGAAUUCCGGCCUCAGCCUCUACCGCUUGCCUGUGGCUGCGACGUCGCGGCACGGCACCGUGACGGGAGGCGCUCGGAACGCCGACCAUCGGGACACGACGCGUCGCACCUCCGGGCGUGGGGACCAGACGUCGCUUGAGACCAGCAGCAGCCGUGGCUCGGAGCGAGCCAGACCCGGCGUGGCUGCGACGUUGCGGCAUGGCACGGUGGCUGGGGAUACGACGCGUCGCACCUCCGGCCGUGGUGACCAGUCAUCGCCGGAGGGCAGCAUCAGCAGCCACAGCCGUCGCUCCAUGUCGCCGGAGGUGUCUCUGGGUCGGACAGGGCUGCGCGACCGUGGCACGGUUCGGCAUGUGGGAGCGGAAGGUUUUUCCUCGGUGCGCCGUUUGAGAAGACUGGACUCCGGGCUAUCCCUGGGCAUGGUGUCGUGCCGUGGCUCGGAGCGAGCCGGACGCGGCGUGGCGGCGACAUCGCAGCAUGGCACGGUGAUCGGAAGCAAUCGGCAAGCUGAGCAACGGGACAGGACGCGCCGCACCUCCGGCCGUAGUGACCAGUCGUCGCCGAAGGGCAGCAGCAGGCGCCGCUCCGUGUCGCGGGAGAUGUCUCUGGGUCGGAAACGGCUGCAAGGCCGCGGCACGGAUCGGCGCGUGGGAGCGGAGAGCUCCUCGACGCGUCGUUUGGGAAGACUGGACUCCAGGCUGUCCCUGGGCAUGGUGUCGCGCUGUGGCUCGGAGCGAGCCGGACGCGGAGUCGCUGCGACGUCGCAGCAUGGCACGGUGAUAGGAAGAAAUCGGCACGCCGACCAACGGGACAGGACGCGUCGCACCUCCGGACGUGGUCACCAGUCGUCGACGGAGGGCAGCAGCCGGCGUCGCUCCGUGUCGCGGGGGGCGUCUCUGGGUCAGGCACAGCUGCACGGCCGCGCCACAGUCCAGCAUGUGGGAGCAGAAAGCUCCUCCUCGAUGCGUCCUUUGAGAAGACAGGACUCCGGGUUGACCCUGGGCAAGGCGUCGUGCUGUGGCUUGGAGCGAGCUGGGCGCGGCGUGGCUACGCCGGAACAAUCUUCCUCGAGCAACACGAUGGUCACCAUACACAGUCGCAUCAGGCCGAACCGGGACCCCAAGGGGCGCCUCCUGCGCCGAGCUGAAGAUGAUGAUGAAGAAAGUACUCCGUGGCGACGGAGCACGAACGCCUCCGCUUCUAGCGCGGGCUUGUCAAGGCGCAAACCACGGCGAACGCUGAAACGCGUCGACUCUGGCAGCAUGUACAUCAGCAGCCACAACAGCUUGUCAGGCGCCGCCAUCUCGUACCAUUCCACGAGCCCUACGGUGUUGCCGGAGUCGAGCGCUUCUGCUUCCUACUCACCACCGCCGGUGUCGCGGCCGGGUACUGUGCCGCCGGUAUCGUGGCAGGGUAUUGCCCUGCCGAUGCCGUGGCGAGGGAUCGCACCGCCGAUGUAUGCGCCUCAGGUGUCAAGAUCGAUGAGGAGGCGCCGCCGCCAGGAAGUCCUGGCGAAGCGGGUGGAGCGGCUGCGGAUGCUUAAGAACAAGAUCGCCACGGUGUUCCACCACCACUACCACAAUGGGCGUGACGAGGAGGGCCCGUCAUCCAGCCGCACUCCUGGCGAACAGCACCACAUGUCGCCAUUGAAGUAUCUCGGGGGAAUGUUCCACCGCACGAAAGGCCAGGAUAAGAAGUCCACGAGCCGGGCGGUGGUGAGCGCGCCGGGAAAGAGGCCCGGUGGUGGCGGCGGGAACAUGCAAGCGUUAUUCGACGAGAUGCGGCGCCACUUGCGGGCCAAGCGGAGGGCACCGACGAGCGUCAAUCUGUGGAGGAAGAUUGCCAACCGGAGCCGGGUGCAUGCUAAGAAGAUGCAUUUGUGGCAGCGGCUUAAGCCACGGCGCGGCAGGGCAGGGGUGCUGGCGGGCAGUAAACUACGGCGCCGCCUAGGACGUUGAAUGACAGUGUAGCUGUAGGGUUUACUUUCUAGUUGCCACUAUGCAGGCACUACCCCUGCUGUUUCGGGUGCCGCCCUUUUUCGUGAUCUUGGAUUAAGUUCAUGUACCAUACUGUAUGUCCAUAUAUGUUCAGCUUGACUAAGUAACCACAGCAAGUUUAGGUCUUCAUUUUAACCGAACAACAAAACCAAAAGUAGCUUGUGAGUGUGUCAUUGUUAG